AAGAACUGCUUCUUUUUCUUGAAUGUUGUUUUCUUUCUUGGUACUACAGAUUUCCCAAAGUCAAUCCCGUAUCGAAAACGAAAGAAAGGAAAAGUCUUGUGAAGAUAAUGCAAGGAUCUCUGGCUCUGGUUGGAGUAGAGGAUGCAGAAGUAAAGCUCGAGCACCUCUUAAAUGGCGGUUUCUAAACUCACUCAUUCUAUCUUCACAUUUGUCUUCUUCUACUCUGUGCUGCUUUCCACAGUGAAAUCAUCGACUUUAGUUCAAGAAAUCAAGCAGCAAAAUCAACAAGAUAGAGAACCGUUUGUGGGAAUUAAUAUUGGGACGGAUGUGUCGAAUUUGUUAUCUCCGACUGAUUUGGUCUCGUUCUUACAAGUGCAGAAGAUUACCCACGUUCGACUGUACGAUGCGAACCAAGGUAUACUCAAAGCACUGGCGAAAACCAAGAUCCGGGUCAUGAUCAGUGUACCCAAUAACCAGCUUCUAGCAAUCGGGUCAUCCAACACUACUGCGGCUUCCUGGAUUGGUCGGAACGUCGUCGCGUACUACCCCCAAACCCUCAUAACCGCCGUGGCUGUUGGUGACGAGUUGCUAACCACCGUUCCCUCGUCGGCUCCCUUGCUCCUUCCUGCAAUCGAGUCUCUCUACAGUGCUUUGGUAGCUGCAAAUUUGCAUACCCAAGUCAAGAUUUCAACUCCACAUGCUGCGUCCAUAGUUCUAGAUACGUUCCCUCCUUCUCAAGCCUUCUUUAACUUGAGUUUGUCUUCAACUAUGGUGCCUUUGCUUCAAUUUUUAUCCAGAACUGGGUCUCCUUUGAUGUUGAAUCUUUAUCCUUAUUAUGUGUUUAUGGAGAAUAAAGGUGUGGUUCCUCUUGAUAAUUCAUUGUUUAAGCCAUUGACACCGUCUAAAGAGAUGGUUGAUCCUAAUACUUUGUUGCAUUACACUAAUGUGCUUGAUGCCAUGAUUGAUGCUGCAUAUGUUUCUAUGAAGAAUUUGAAUGUCACUGAUGUUGUGGUGCUUGUUACUGAAACUGGAUGGCCUUCCAAGGGUGAUUCAAAAGAGCCUUAUGCUACCAUAGACAAUGCUGAUACGUAUAAUUCGAACCUCAUUAAGCAUGUUUUAGACCAUAGUGGAACUCCUUUGCACCCAGAGAUCACUUCCAGCGUGUACAUAUACGAGUUGUUCAACGAGGACUUGAGGUCACCCCCUGUAUCAGAGGCUAAUUGGGGGUUGUUUUAUGGGAAUUCAACACCAGUGUACUUGCUACAUGUAUCAGGAAGUGGGACGUUUUUGGCAAAUGAUACAACAAACCAGACGUAUUGCAUUGUAAUGGAUGGGAUUGACUCAAAGACAUUGCAGGCAGCCUUGGAUUGGGCUUGUGGUCCGGGGAGAGCAAAUUGCAGUGAUAUUCAACCUGGAGAAGAUUGUUACCAGCCUAAUAAUGUGAAGAACCACGCAUCCUAUGCAUUCGAUAGCUAUUACCAAAAGGAAGGAAAGGUUUCCGGUUCUUGUGACUUCAAGGGGGCUGCCAUGAUUACUACCACUGAUCCAAGUAAAAAAGAUAGAUUAGAUAAUUGGAAACCCCUCAACUUAGAUAGCUCCAGAAGGGAUUAAAGCAUUGACUAAAAAAAGAAUUAACCUUUCCGUAGCCUAGAAUCAAGAAUGUUACAACACUACAAAAUCCAAACUGUUCCUCCGCCAGUCUUGUCUCUCGAUCAUCCAUUAACAAGUAAUCCUAAUCCCUAGAGAAGGUGGAUUUGGUGGGAUGGAGAAGUCAUACUCACUGAUCUAUUUAGAGUACUUUUAUGUGACAUUUUUUCCUAAACUGUGGCCAUGUUUGCAGGUCAUGGGAACUGUAUUUUUCCUGGAAGUAAGCAGGUAGGCAAUAAGACAAAGGAUGUUGUAAACUCAACAACAGUAAGUGGUGCUGUUGAGAGGCAGAGAUUGGAUAGAAUAAGUGCAAAUACUGUAGCAUUUUGUAUUUUCUUAUUCAUCAUUCCCUUUGUGACUCUUUGGUGAGGAAGGUAAUGCAAUAUCUUCUUCUUUCAGUUUUUUCUUAUUUUUUGAAAAACCUUCAUGAAUGUUGUUAAAAAUGAAGGUGAAGUUCUUGGUAAUAAAUCUGUGAGAACAAGUAUUAGUUAUAGUUUCCUGAGAGGUAGUGGUGGUGGUGAGUAUUCCCUUGUCACGCGUCACCAAUUCUAAAUAUUGUAUCAAGA